UGUUUACUAUCGUGUGUAUAUAUAUCGAAUUGUUAACUGUCUUACCCAAAUACUAACAUACCGUGUCUUUAAAAAGAUAUUUUGCAAGGAAUAACGAGAAAUAUGGGUGAUAGAAUAGCAGAAAUCUUUAAUUCUUUUCAGACUUACUUAGUCAACGAAGAAGUAUUGCGUGAAGAAAUCCGUGCUAUUGUAAGAGAACUUGAAAAGAACUCCAGGGACAUUUUGAUGAUAUUGCAAAACAUACAUAAUGAAGAUAACUUUAAAGAAAACUCAAUUAUACAUGAAUAUUGUACAAAAUCAAGAGCAUUGUUUGAAGAUGUACGUAAGAACUAUACAAGACUUGCAGAUGUUGUGCCAAAAAACCAGUAUUACAAAUAUCAUGAUCAAUGGCGUUUUGUCACGCAAAAAUUAUGUUUCUUAGCAUCUUUAAUAAUAUAUUUAGAAAUUAAAGUUCUACUUAGCAAAGACACUGCUGCAGAAAUGUUAGGAGUUAAUAAUGAUAGAGAGGAUGGUUUCCAUUUGGACUUAGAAGACUACCUAAUGGGACUAUUACAAUUGUCUGCAGAAUUGAGUCGUUUUGCUAUAAAUAGUGUCACUAAUGGUGAUUAUAAUCGACCUAUAGAAAUAGCACGAUUUAUAAAUGAUCUAAGUGCAGGCUUUAGACUCUUAAAUUUGAAAAAUGAUUCUCUAAGAAAACGUUUUGAUGGCUUAAAAUAUGCGGCUAAAAAGGUAGAAGAAGUGGUUUAUGAUCUCAGUAUACGAGGUUUGAAACCAAAUUCAGCUACUGAAGAUACAAAGUAAUUAUUUCUAAAAAAUAUUUUCUGUAAGUAACAUACUGUCAUACAUAAUAAAUUAUUGGAUCAGCUAUUUUUUUAUUU